CUGCAUGAGUCCAGAGGUUUGGGUUGCUCUUUGAUUUCUGUGGUUUGUGUCAUCUGAUGUCAGGCAGUCUGUAAUCCAAUCGAGGAGAGCGAGAGAGAGUGUAAUCCAUGUUAAUCCCACAUACAGAGAGAGAGAGCAAGAGACCUAGGACAGGGUGGAUCAUUAGGAGACAGAAACAGUUGAAGGGCAGCAGUAAUCUCUGAACUCAGCUUUGUUGCUGCCUGCCGGUGUGUCCUGAACCCUCGUUGUCACGGAAACCUCUCCAUGGAGACGCACUCCCAAAGGUAGGGGAGGGCUUUAAGGGAAAAGGAGACCCUCACCUUGAUGGAGCAACAAGUCAAAGGAGCGAGGAUGAAGGAGGAAAGGCUGUAGUUGUGGAGGAAUAAGAGGAAGGGAAGAAGAGGAGAGGAAAUCAACAGAAAGAAGGAAGAAGAAAGAGUUGGAUGAAGUGAAAGUUACUUUGUCAGGAUGGGCUAUGAUCUGGAGAGGUUUGUGGGCUAUGUGAAUGAGGGUCUUCUGUGCUGUGUGUGCCGGGACGUGUUGGAGCGCCCCCUCCAGGCGCCCUGUGAACAUGCCUACUGCAGCGCCUGCAUCAGCAGCUGGCUGCUCCAUCAUCACUCCUGUCCCGAGGACAGACUGCCACUAGAUGUGGGCAGCCUCAAACCACUGUACAGGUACAUGCGUAACGACCUGACCCGUCUGCAGAUCCGUUGUGUGAAUGCAGGGCAUGGUUGUGAGGUUGUCUGCUCCCUGGAGAGCCUGCACACACAUGAGGAUGAGUGUGAGUUUGCCUUCGUAUCCUGCUCUAACACAGGUUGUCCUGUGCAGGUAGAGAGGCGGGGUUUGGAGGCUCACCUGUCAGAAUGUAACUUCCGGAGCAGGGAGUGUCCCAAUGGCUGCGGCCACACCCUUCUCUCCAUCGACCAAUCACAGCAUAACUGUGUGGCAGAGCUGCGCACUGAAGUGGAGGUGCUCAGGGCAGAGAUGCUGUGCAAGGUGGACGAGAUCAGACGAGAGAUGGAGUCUCGGCUGGACUCACAGAGGAGACACAUGGUGCAGAAAGAGUCCCAGCUGAAGAAUGAGGUGGAGGAGCUCAAGGGUCAGUUGUCCCGUGUGAUGUGUGAUAUGCGAGCGCUGUUAGGAGCAGAGCGCCUGAGAAGACAGGAGCUGGCAGAAGCAGAGCUGGAGAAGAGGGAACUGUUGGAGCUCCUCAGAAACCUGCAGCCAACCAGGAGUCAGCAACAGGAAGCCAGGGACCAGCAGCUGACAUCUGGAUGGGAACUACACACCGAGCUGACAAGACACCAGCAGAGGGAGGCGUCUUUACACGCCUCAAGUCUAUCGCUGCAUUCAGCUCAAGCCAUAAAUAUAUCGGGUCCACCUCCAUCACCUCAGCUGGGAGAGGGGGUGCGCAAGGGUGGAACCAGGAGCCUGACUCUAGACUGCAUCAAGAGGAAGACCCGGGAGGUGACGGUCAUCUGAGUAGACCUUACUGGUUGGAGAUUAGCCAAACCAGAAAAGAAAAAUUAAAUCUUUAUUUUUUUAAUAUUUGGCAUGCAUGAAUGCACAUACACUAAGCUCUGUAAUUACUGACAUCAGUUCUAGAGUUUUAAAUCUUUUGAUUUUGUAAAUGAAAAAUAUUGUCUGCAGUGGAAUGAAGUAAUGUUUGAAAUGCAUAUUUUCAUGUAACUCUACAAACUGAAUGAUCUUUUAAAUGUAGGCUUACGUGAAAGUGAAUAGACCCGAUUGUGUCUGCAAACAGAUCAGUGUGUAAUGUCUCUUUGAUUUUGUAUCAAAAAUUUAAAUCAUUUUAAUUUAAAUAAUCUGAUUAUAGUAUUUUUGUUUGUCAAAUGUGUUCUGCAAGAACUUGGUUACACUGCAACUUUUACAUUUUUAAGUAACCAAAAUCCUAAAAAUGUUGGACUCACAAUGUGUAAUAUUUCAUAGAUUUUCUCGCUCCAACAUUAGGCAUGCAAAGAGACUCUUGGAAGACAGCUGGCAUAGUUUUCAUGUUAUACUGUAGGGUACAGUUUGUGGUAAAAAAAACGAACAAACAAGAUUUUUAUCUAUAAUCUCCAUAAAUACUACAGGACUGCAUGGAUCAUGAAUAUAAUCUUACACAUUAGUACGAUUACUUGGAUGUCCUGAUGCUGCAGCUGGCAAAGCCAUGUACCACA